AUGCAAUGGGUAAAUAACAAGAAUAACUCGAGCUGUACAUAUGUUUCUGAAGAACAUUUUGACAACAUGAAAGUAAAUAGUAUUGACAGUGACAAUGAUAAUGAUUAUAAUUACGAAAACGAAGGCGAAGGCAAAUAUGAAGACGAAAAUGAAGAACAAAACAUUGAAUUUGAUCAAGAAGUUGACUUAUCUUUGUUCCAAGAAGAGUCCAUCUUUACUGCCAAAGAUACAAUUACAGAAGCAUUUAUGGUUGAUGGCGAUGAGAUUGAAGAAGGCAAUACUGGAUUUGAUUUUGAACAAGAAGAAAACUUUGAUGAGACCAGUGGGACCUCAAUAGUAGAAUUAGUUCGUCCUUUGUCUUUUGAUAACAUGCCCUUGUAUAUCCACUUUGUUGCAGUAUUUAUUGUCAUAUUUCACUUGAUCUUUUUGGUGGAAAGUGGUGGAUCGAUUCUUAUUGAAUUUUGUAAUACUCUACUGUCUCUCUGUGAUAUGUCUGGCGCCCUUCCACUGACGAUCAAUAGCUUGAAGCAUAAGACAGGAUUUAACAUGGCAACAGACGGAAUGACAGUAUACAUUGCAUGCUCACAAUGUCAUUCGAUUUAUCCUCCGGAAACAAAAAAAGAAAACGGCACUUGGUGGUCAGAGCUUCACCGGUUAUCUUACUUUGACCCAGUCUGCUUUACAGUUAUAGACCCGAUGCAUAACCUCUAUCUUGGAACUGCAAAGCAAAUGAUUCAGAUAUGGCACGAGUGUAACUACAUCAAUGAAAAGAAUCAGUUAACUAUGCAAGAGCUUGCUAAUGGUAUUGUUGUACCUUGUGGAUAUGUGCAUAUAACAAAGAAGAUUGCCGAUGGGUUUUCAUUCAUGAAAGCUGACGAGUGGAAGUCGUGGUGCGUCAUAUACUCUCCAUUUGUUUUGAAGCAUGUGCUCCCAGCCAAGAAUCUCAAAAACUGGAUUUUUUUGUUGACGCAUGCUGCUUACUCACAAAACCUUUGA